CGCAAAAAGUCUUCGGAGUUCUGCAAUGUAUUUGUACCAUUCCUUGUGCUUUUGUAACGACACAGAGACGGAAAGGCCGCUACAGCUCGGACAGACAGUUGAGCACCCGCGAGAGUUCCGAGCAAAAGUCAACCACCGCCGAUGCACGCAAUGGUGGUGGUGUUCAGGUGAAAGUUCCAACCGGAGGCGAUUCCAUUUACAGUGGUUAUCAGAAAGAGACGCUUAAUGAGCAUCGCCGAUCUGGUACAAAUACAAAUCUGCUGCAGAAUGGGGUCCGUGCCGACAGUGUCUUAAAUGCGGCUUUACAUACCUGGAGUCAAACGCAUCAGGAGGCUCAAUCCAGCACCCUGGAUAGCUUGUACACCUGGCCCAGAGACCUUUUUUCGGUUCUGCCUUCCGGCUUGGAUGGCGCUGACUUGCCGAAUGCAACGAGCUCUCAGGGCUUUUACGCGGCAUCAUUGGUUACUGAUGACCUCCUGGACGGAUCAAAUUACCCUACUGAUGAGCUGGUAUCAUUUCAAGCCUUGCGGGCCCCUGCCCUCGACCAUCCGCAAAGGGCUGCUCGAAACUGGCUACCCCCGCGGACCCUAGCCGACGGCCAUCGCCUUAGCAUGGGGCAUAACCACGACGGCAACAGCGUCCCAAUUAGUACAGGUUUAGAAGUCGCGAAACGCCACGCGUCACGAACCUCGCCUUCGCAUGGUCCGGCUGCAGUGCCGCCGCAGUGCCCGGCCACGGCUGAAAGUGCUAAAGAUGCGACAGGUAUUAUGCAAUUGACGCCCCAAGAAGGGCAGUUGUACCCAUUAGGCCAGCCGUCUGGGUGGCUGGAAGCCGGCACUGGAGCGAUGGCAUGUGACAGGUGCGGCGGCGGGGGCCCGGUGCUGGCCCUGCAGUCUUCGAAUCAGCAGCCCCAGCCGUCUGUCGCGCCUUUGGGGAGUAUACGGACAACAGGUGACGACAUGCUUCCGGUCGGUGGACUACUGCGGAAUGGGGUACCGCAGCGGAAUGGGGAGGAGCGGGGACAGUUGGACGUUACGGAUUUGCGGCAGGAUUAUGGCCAGCCGCAACAGCCUAGGCGCCGUUUGACGCGAAGGCAUCUGGGCCACGAGGAAUUCCUGCACCAAUAUGACACUUUAUUGGAAGCGCAGGAGGCGGCGGUGGGUUCUGCGGCUUCAAAGCCGAGUAUAAAGCGGUCAAGGAAGCGGAAGCACCCCGGCCCUGGCCCUGCGCCUGCGGAAGCUGGUACAGCGGACGCGGUGCUGCCGAAUGCUGUGCCUGGCAUUGGACUCGUUGAGGAUGGCGUCCAAGCAGCCGUUCCAGCGCCUGCAGCUCGCGCCAGGCGCCGCGGCAGCCCCGCUGUACAGCGUCUCAGCGAGCCCUCAUUUUCCUGUGCGGCUACCCCAGCGCCCUCAACACCGGUUGUUGCCGGGGAGCACCCUGCACGACAUCUGACCGGCGUUAAUAGCGUUGCUGCAGCUACCAGCAACGCGAAGGCUAGCACCACCACUACUGGCCGCCGACCCAGGCUUCUCUCGUUGUACAGCGAGUUUGGGAUGGCGCAAGGCGCCGCACUGGGACGGAUGCCUCCCGGCAGUGGCCAGAGCGCUUGGGACCAGACGCGCACACAUGCAGCGACGGCGACGGGUUCGCGGCCCCGUUCCCGUCGGAGCAGCAGCAGCGGGGCAGGGACGGCGGUACAGGCAGGUACCUGGGACAGUCAGCCCGCUCGGGAUCUUGAGGAGCCUUGGACGGCGCAGGAGAAGAUUGAGUUUUGGCAAAAUAUUUGCAGCUUUGGCGAAGGUGAAGCAGAAGUGAGUGGCGCCGACGACAGCGAGGGGAUUAUGGCCUCCAAUCCUCGGCAUCGCGUUCCGUUAAGCCUUGCCGGCACACCUGUUCUCAUCUGCGUACGGCAGCCCGAGCCUUACGGCCCGGCGGAGUUGUAUGAACUACCGGACCUAGGAAUAGGCCCUAUGGAUGACGCCACGUGGGAGAUCUGGGGUCGCCAGCAAGGCUCCAGCCGGCCUUGCCAGCCGCUCAUGGUGGUUGAUGUGGGUGCCCGGCUGGGCUUCGAGCUGUGUGCACCGCACAACCGCGGCUCCGGUGGCUGGCGUACGUACGAGGUAAUUGUAGGUUCGGGCUACAGCCACGACCCGGCACGCACGCUACACCCGCUGCGGCUGGUGUGCGAGGGCCGGGUGCGCUUUGACGCUCGUCACUUGUGGGACUUGGUAGAUUUCCUGGCGGACCCGACGCGGGCUAGCAUUGCGGCCCACCUGACGAGCGCGGCGCUGCUUCGUACGGGACGUGACAGAGAGGCCUACUAUCCACCUAGCUUCUGUCAUUGGCUGUUGCUGCGGCGCUGGGGGGAACGGGGCCUGGCGCAUGUGGGCUGGGGCCCUGGAGACACGCUUCGUCACGUGAACGAAGUGCGGCGCCGGAGGCUACCACGGGAGGAACCGGUGCUGGCGGGGCCGGGGAAGAACAUGGCAACUGGUGCGGCAGCGAAGGGGGUGGAGCAGUGCCGGUGAAGUUCCUGGACGGGUGUAUAUUGGGCUGAAAAGUUUGUUUGACUGCUGUUUGUAAGGUUGAGCUAUGUAGUGCUUAAGCGCUUGCAACUAAUGUUUUCAUAAACUAGUAUCGCUAAUGCCGAUGUGCAGUUGUUG